GAGGAUUAUAAAACUCAGGGUCAAAAAAUAGGUCAAAUGCUUCGAUCGAUUUCUCUAUAUCAAACUGUUGUGCCAACUGCUGAAGAAAAUGAAAUACCUAAAAAGCCAAUCAAAAAAGCACAAAUGGGUACAAUAAUGGGUGUUUAUUUGCCUUGUAUGCAAAAUAUUUUCGGUGUUUUAUUUUUUAUUCGUUUAACUUGGAUCGUUGGUACUGCCGGAAUUGUACAAGCCUUUUUUGUUGUUUUUUUAUGUUGUUCAGUUACAUUCUUAACUUCAAUAUCAUUGUCUGCAAUCGCAACAAAUGGUGUGGUGCCGGGCGGUGGACCUUAUUACAUGAUAUCUCGUAAUUUAGGUCCAGAGCUUGGUGGUGCUGUCGGCAUACUUUUUUAUCUUGGUACGACAAUAGCCGCUUCAAUGUAUAUCACUGGUGCUAUUGAAAUACUUAUUCUUUAUCUUCUUCCUCAAGCGAAAAUGUUUGAAAAUAUUUAUCAUUGCUUUCGAGUGUUGGGCAGUGCUCUUUUGGUUAUUCUUGGAAUAAUUGUACUUGCUGGUGUUAAGGUUGUAAAUAAAUUUGCGCUACCAGCAGUUUUUGUUGUGCUCACAUGCAUUUUAUGUACAUUUAUUGGUGCAUUUAUCAAAUUUAAUGGAUCUGAUUCGCUGAAGUUUUGCAUGGUUGGAGAUCGACCAGUUGAUCUUGUUUCAUUUCAUCAAAAAUACCAUUAUGUGCCAAAUUGUACAGAACAAGGCCUGCAACCGUUGUUUUGCACGUCUUCUAAUGCUACACUUAUUUGCGAUGAAUAUUUUAUGAGAAUGAGCAAGAUAAUAAGUUGGAAGCGCAAAGAUGCUAUACGUGAAGAAAUUGCCAUCCCGGGUGUUGCGAGUGGUGUAUUCUUCGAGAAUCUGUGGAGCAAAUAUCUUGCCUCUGGCGAUAUUCUUACGAAGUCGAAACGAAGGGUUGCUGUAUUAUCAACUUCUGGUUAUUAUAUAUUUGCCGAUCAAGCAACUUCAUUCAUGAUUUUGAUUGGAGUUUUCUUCCCAUCGGCAACAGGGAUAAUGGCUGGAUCGAAUCGAUCGGGAAAUUUAAAGGAUGCUUCACGAUCUAUACCUCUAGGAACGCUUGGCUUCAUUUUUCUUCCUCCUAACAAGAUGUUCAUUCGCGAUAAAUUUGGGCAAUCAGCAAUGAGUAAACUUGUUAUCGCUGAACUUGCUGUUCCUCAUCCAACUAUUAUACUCAUUGGUUGUUUCCUUUCAACAGUUGGUGCGGGCAUGCAGUCUUUAACAGGCGCUCCUCGUUUACUUCAGGCUAUAGCCAGUGAUGAUGUUAUACCAUUUUUGUCAAUUUUUCAACAAAUGGACUCUCGUGGUGAACCAAUCUUGGCUAUUUUAUUAACACUUUUUAUUUGUGAAUGUGGAAUAUUAAUUGCAGUUAUUGAAAAUAUUACUGCACUUAUCACUCAAUUCUUCUUAAUGUGUUACUUAGGAGUAAAUACGGCUUGCGCUCUGCAGAGCAUACUGAAAGCACCUGGUUGGAGACCGUCAUUUCGAUAUUUUCAUUGGUCGUUGUCUCUUAUUGGAUCAUUCUUGUGUGUUGCUGUUAUGUUUAUUUCUGCUUGGCAUUUUGCUCUUCUUGCUAUCUUUAUUGGUGCUACUGUUUUCAAAUAUAUUGAAUAUGCUGGCGCAAAAAAAGAGUGGGGCGAUGGUUUACGAGGCCUUGCUUUAUCAGCUGCCCGUUAUGCGCUUUUAAAUAUUGAUACUAAACCGCAACAUACAAAAAAUUGGCGACCACAGUUGUUAGUUAUUGAUCCUGAUAAUAGAGAAGAUGAGGAUGCAAUGUUAUCAUUUAUUUCACAGCUGAAAGCCGGAAAAGGACUUACAUUGGUUGCAAAAUGUAUUCAGGGUGAUUUUAUCGAAAAAGCAAGUUUGGUUGAGGAGGAUAAAAAUAAAUUGAUUCAUCUGAUUAAAAAGCACAAGAUCAAAGGCUUUUGUGAUGUUCUUGUUACAGCCAAUACUAUCGAAGGUAUAUCAUGCCUCGUUCAAACUUCCGGUUUAGGUGGACUUCGGCAUAACACUGUGGUUAUUGCAUGGCCUGAUGCUUGGAGAUCGCUUAAUGAUACAGGCGCCUGUAAAUUAUUCGCUAGCACUCUUCGUGCAGCUGCAGCGGCCAAAUGUGCCAUACUUGUGCCAAAAAAUAUACGAUUAUUUCCGAAAUCCCACGAAAAGGUCUCUGGUCACGUAGAUGUGUGGUGGAUAGUACACGACGGUGGCCUUCUAAUGUUAUUGCCAUUCUUAUUGAAGAAACACAGAACGUGGAAGAAUGUAUUAUUAAGAUUAUAUACAGUUGCUCAAGUUGGCGAUAACAGCGUUCAAAUGAAAAGAGACUUGGAAAGUUUUUUGUAUCACCUAAGAAUCGAAGCUCAAGUUUUCGUAAUAGAAAUGCGGGAUUCCGAUAUAUCUGAAUACACAUAUGAAAGGACGAUGAAAAUGGAGGAACGAUGCAAAUUGCUGAAAGAUUUGCAACUAAGUGAAAAGAAAUUCGAUCUACAGAAUGCUGUAACAGAAGCAGCGCGAGAGCGUCGUUUAUCAAAGAUCAAUGAAGAAGAACCAUCGAGCCAUUUGGUUUAUUUCAAUCAUUUUAUGGAUUCCAGCAAAAAAAGUGAUGGAAUAUGCGUGCGAUUCAGUGAUUCAACACAAGAAGAAAAUGAGGAAAUAAUGAUUGAUUUGGAGCAGCAAAGAUACGACAAAAUACAAUCGUUUAAUGUUCGAAAAAUGCAUACGGCUGUUAAACUGAAUGAAUUAAUGCGUGAAAAAAGUUCGGAUGCUCAGUUAAUAAUAUUAAAUCUUCCCGGUCCACCUCAUGAAAAUGAUGGACAGUACUAUAUGGACUUCAUAGAUGAAUUGACAGAAGGUUUACAAAGAGUUCUUCUAGUGCGUGGUACUGGUGCCGAAGUUGUCACAAUAUAUUCUUAA